AUGGUGAACCCCUCGCGGUCCAUCGGCAACAUGGCGACGCGCCGCCCGGCGCUGCUGCAGGCGCUCGUCGUAAUGGUGACCGUGGCCGCCGUCAACCUCGGCACGGCGUCGGCCGGCGGACGCCAUGCCAGGCACCUCAUCUUCACGUCGAACAACAUCAUCCAGCUGAUUGGAGGCUUCGGCAUGCCCGUGGACCUGCCGCAGCAGGCCGUGACCAUGGGCUACGUCAUCAAGAGCCACUUCAUGACCCCCAACAACGCGACCCAGUUCACGCGCCCGCUGGAGGCCUUCUCCUCGCGCCAGGCCCGCGCCAUCGCCGGCACGGCCGACAACCAGGUCGCCGACAAGCUCGCCGCCGGCACCUCGCCGAUCAAGUCGUCGCGCUGGCACAUGUACAGCACCCUGCAGUCCGCGAUAGAGGAGCUGGGCGCCGGCACGGGCACCGGGCGGCAGUGCUUGCUGAGGGCGGUCUGCGAGGCGGCGGCCUUCACCGUCAGGCACGACGGGCUGCUGGGGGAGAUGCUGCACGUCCUGCUCACGCCGUCCAGCACCGACGAGCCCGUGCUGCUGCACCAGGACAACGAGUUCCACGCGGCCGAGAAGCUCGGCAGGCAGGCCAGGUCCACGCGGGACCCCGUCGACACCUGCACCAGGAUAUUCAACGGGUGCCGGACCGCCACGCUCGAUCUGUUCACGCGAAUGCUGCCGUACUGACCCACACUCUCACAUGAUUCACUGCCGUGUAAAAAAAGGCCUCGACCAGUGGCAGGCGUCGUCCUGUCUUGACUUGAAACUCCUAGGACCGCAGAUGAUCCUCUGCAUUUCGGAUCCGGACUGUACAUCACAACAACCAUCCCUCGAACGUUGGUGUACGCGGCAGGGACCUGGUGACGAUAUGCUG